GAGGAGUCCGGCCGCAGUCACUGUGUGAACUGGCCUGGAACACUGUAGCUGAUUGUGUGGGGCUGCUUUUGCCACUGCCUGCCUGCUUCAUGUGUGCUGUCUAAGAAAUAGCAGCUAGAAGACUAACAGCCCUUCUGAGCACACUCUUAAAUUAGCUGUUGGCACUUGACAACUGUAGAUAACCAAGACGAUGGCUGCCAACAAGAACAAGAACCAGAGUUCUAUGGCCCUGCACAAAGUAAUCAUGGUUGGCAGUGGAGGUGUGGGCAAAUCAGCACUUACACUUCAGUUCAUGUAUGAUGAGUUUGUAGAAGACUAUGAACCUACGAAGGCUGACAGUUAUAGAAAGAAAGUAGUUCUGGAUGGGGAUGAAUUCCAGAUAGACAUUUUGGAUACAGCGGGACAGGAGGAUUAUGCAGCUAUUCGAGACAACUACUUCCGCAGUGGGGAGGGGUUUCUCCUUGUCUUCUCAAUAACCGAAUACGAAUCCUUUACAGCAACAGCAGAGUUAAGGGAACAGAUUCUGCGUGUGAAGGCUGAAGAAGACAAAAUCCCUUUGCUUGUGGUGGGAAAUAAAUCUGACCUGGAAGAGCGGAGGCAGGUGCCUGUAGAGGAAGCCAGAAGUAAAGCAGAGGAGUGGGGUGUGCAGUAUGUAGAAACUUCUGCCAAAACUAGAGCAAAUGUAGAUAAGGUAUUCUUUGAUCUAAUGAGGGAAAUCAGAGCAAAGAAAAUGUCAGAAAACAAAGACAAGAAUGGGAAGAAAAGUGGCAAGAACAAGAAAAGUUUUAAAGAAAGAUGUUGUUUACUGUGAUCCUUAGGACCUGUAAAUAUCUACAGAUGGAAUGAGUAAGACUUACUACUAAGGAUAUAGGGCUGGAUUCAUGAAAGGAAGUUUGUAUUGACUCCCUUAUGAUAUUUGUAUUCACUUUGCCUUUUUAAAAUGAAAAAAUCUAAUUUGUGAACCAUUAGUCAAGAGAAAUAUGAGCCCAUGUACACUGAAAUGGACUCACCUUGCCAGCAACUUUCAAAGCUAGAAUUCUACCAGCAAAUGUGGUUCUUUGAGCAUUUUAUUUCAGUCUGAUUGCAGGAAAUAAUCCCAUGUCAGUUUCAAAGUAAUAGCUUCUUGAUGUCUUUUCAAAUCUGAUCUCCUUCCCCCAAAAAAACCUGUAUUGGCCUCACCAAACAUCUCUGGUGGUCUUUUAAGGUCAACCACAUUUUUCAGUCUCUGUGUACUCACUGACUUUGUCAUUUUUGUAUUAAUAAUAAUUAUAGACAAACCAAUAUCUGGCAAGACUUUUUGAAGUUCUCACAGUCUUUAAGUGACAGUCGAUAUUUUCUCAGACUGUUAGAAGUCUACAUGAAUUCCAACAUUUUGAAGAUUUGGGAGUUGUCACUCAAAAGCAAAUUAACUGUGUCUGUUUGAUUAUUAGUCAACGCAGUGUUCAUGAAUCAAGCCUACUGACUGAAAUCAGACUGUUUGGUAAUGCAAUAUUUAGUAUUUAAAUACUGGUUAGUUGUAUUCUCAAUUGGCUUGUUUCCUCUCAUGUAUUUUAAAAACAAAACAAUACAAUUAUUUUUUGGGUGGGGAAGUGACCUAAAGCAUUACUGUUUAUUUUUUUAAAAAAGGAAACAAAUUGGCACUGAAUUAAAACAAAAAAAACCCCCAAAAUUUGUAUUUUUCUAUUUUGAGGCUAGACUAAUACAGUUGCUUCUAUUUCAUCUGCAUACUCUCCUUCCUCAAAAUUAUUAUCUUAACUGUUUAAAGUGCAGAUUGUCUAUUUUGUUAUAUUGUAAUACAUGUAUUCAUGUCAUGGAGAUGUGAAAACUACUGCAUCUCUGCUUUCCAUUUUGUUUAAGAUAAACUUAUUUCUUUUUGAGAGAGGACAUAGGCCACUGAUCACAAAACUAUUCAAGUGGAACCAGUGAGAGGCUUUUGUGCUACCUUGCAACUUAACACUUACUAGCCAAGUAACUGUAAGUUGCUAAAUGUCAGAAACAAAGCUGAAAUGAAGUUAGGCAACUGUCAUGGUUAUUUCCUGUUAAUUUUUACUGUACUAGUCUUCUGCACAUUUAUCUAAAAUAUGGAAACAUUUUUGCUGAGUUUUGCUGUCAAAGCUGCAGUUGAAGUUAGUCCUGAACGAUCAACUACAGACGAAUAGAAAUGGGGGAAAUAUAUGGGAAACAUCAGUAUUUAGCAGUUCUUGUCUCUGUGUCAGAUGUAUAUCACUUAAAUACCUUUUUCAACUUAAUGGUGUCAAUCAAGUACCAUUGCCAAAAAUAUGUGUUUCCAUCUUGUUGCUGUAGCAGAGAUUAUCAACCUUUAUAAUUACCCUGCUUCUGGAAUACAGUUUGUACAGUUUCCCAAUGAAUCCUAGAAAAACUCAUUUUUGAAUUUUUGAAAAGUAGACUAAUAUAUUAUCUGAAAACUAAUCAUUUUUCAACUUGUCAUCUGUUUUGUGACUUCAAAUACAGCUACUAUGAGAAAGGAAUAAGAUAUAGAAAGGAGCAGUAUAGUGAAGGGUGUUUAAACAAACUAGUAUUGUUAGCUCAAUCAUUAAAUGAGUGGGAGCAGUGCAGAGAUAGGAAGGGCUUAAUUCAAAAUUUAAUCAAGUAUCUAGGCUUGGUAGAAUUUUUUUAAAAUAAUUUUGACAUCAAUUAUUCAUAAGCAUUUUUUUUAUUUUUAUUGAUUUUAAAUUUUCACAGUUGCUGGAAUUUAUGGGGAUGGGGUCAGGCACUAGUUUAGUGACACCAAGAUUAAAAAAAGUUAGUUUUUUAACCAGACGAUACAAAUUAUCAACAUCACAUGUUAAAAUUUACAAAUUAAAUAUCCUUAUGUCACAUUCUAAUAAUUUCUCAAGCAGCAUUUUUCUUUGUCUGCUUCUCUGUAAAUUUUGAUGAUCAUCAGUGGAAAUAUUUUUUCAUUUGUUUGUGCUUGUGUCGUGACAUUUUACCAAUAAAAAUCUAAUUCUUCCAA